UUCCCGCUAAUGCUAGGGCUAGAAAUCAUAAAGGAAAUGGUUUCUGUGGAUGGUCAGCAGCUGAUACAUUUUCUGUAUCUAAACAUUAAUAUUGAUGCAGCUUCAUGUCCAUACCUUUACAUCUUUAAGCCAACAAAUAAGUAGCUUUCAUUCUUAAGUUCUACUAUGAACACUUUUCUUGCUAAUUCUUUGUCUCACAUUUAUUCUGAGUGUUAAAUUGCUGCUACGGUAGAAGCCUAGAAGUUCAAGUUAUAGUAUAUUAUGGUUUCCGGCAAUGGCUAACAGUUGGUAACCUUCACUUCUUGUCACUUGAUAAUACUAUUGGUGCAGCUUCAUGCCCAUACUUUCUACAUUUUUGGUCCGACAGAUACCAGCAACUGUUAAUUUGAUCCAUUUCAAACGAAAGUUGUUGCUGAUAAACAAGAACCAAACAACAUCUUUGAAGAGUUUUGUCACCUUAAAUCGAAGAAAAUGAGACAGCUUGAGGAUGGCAUUGAAGCCAAGAAGAGGCAAUCUCCUAACACAGAGGCUCAAAGUUCAUUAAAGCAAGAGAUCCUAGAUCUUCAAGACCGACUGCAGGACCAGGUUCUGGUACGCCGUACCUUGGAGAAGGCACUAAAUUGUAAGCCUUUUUCCCAUGAUAUCAUGACAGAUAAGUCAAUCCCCAAGCCUGCUAUGGAACUGAUUAGGGAAAUUGCAGUUUUGGAAUUGGAAGUGGUGUAUUUGGAACGAUAUCUUCUCUCCCAGUACAGAAAAACAUUCGAACAACAAGUAUCAUCUCUGUCAACCAAAGAUGAAAGGGACCAUGAGAGAUUCAAAAUGAGUUCAAACACACAUAAAGGAAUGUUUCCAUCAGUUCCUGGAAAGGAGAAUGAUAUAAUGUCGGAUAAGGACCAUUCUGCUGAUAAUGCAAGUCAUCUUACUUCACUGACCAAGGAACGCAAUGACACUCGGGGACCGGAAAAACUGCUAGAUUCCAGCAUUCAUCGAUGUCACUCCUCAAUGUCUCAGCGGUCUAUUGGAACUUCUCCAACAACGCGAUCAGUAGCCAGAGCAGUAGACUCGUGCCAUUCUCUCCCACUGUCAAUGUUGGAGCUAGCUCGGAAUGAUACUUCAAAUGCAAUCAGUCUAGCAGAUCAUCUUGGAACCUCUAUUCGCUAUGACGUACCAGAUUCGCCGAACUGGCUUUCCGAGGAGAUGAUCAGGAGAAUCUCGACCAUAUUUUGUGAGCUUGCAGACCCGCCUUUGAUCAACCCUGAUUAUGUUUCCUCCAAAAUUUCAAUCUCUUCAUCACCAAAUGAGUUUUCAUCACAAGGCCAGGGUGAUACAUGGAGCCCACAGUAUGGGAACUAUUCAUCCUUCAAUUCAUCACUUGACAACCCUUUCCACGUUGGAGCCUCCAAGGAAUUCAGUGGACCAUACUGCUCAAUGGUCAAGGUCCAACGAAUUUGUAGAGAUACUCAAAAGCUGAGAUAUAUUCAACAUAAGCUACAAGAUUUUAGGUCACUUGUCUCUCGGCUAGAAGGGGUUAAUCCUAGAAAGAUGAAACAUGAUGAGAAGCUAGCUUUUUGGAUCAAUGUUCACAACGCACUUGUGAUGCAUGCAUAUUUAGUAUAUGGCAUUCCACAGAAUAAUAUGAAAAGGAUGUCCUUAAUACUCAAGGCAGCAUACAACGUUGGGGGUCAUACAGUUAGUGUAGACAUGAUACAGAAUUCUAUUCUGGGAUGUCGGUUGCUCCGUCCAGGACCGUGGCUGCGACAGCUAUUUUCUACGAAGACAAAAUUCAAGAAUGGAGAUGGAAGGAAAGCUUAUUCUAUACAUCAUCCCGAACCUCGCUUAUAUUUUGCACUUUGUGCAGGAAGUUACUCUGAUCCUGCAGUUAGAGCGUACACUCCUAAGAGAGUGUAUGAGGAUCUGGAAGCUGCGAAGGAAGAAUACAUCCAAUCAACAUUCAUUGUAAAUAAAGAAAAGAAACUUCUUCUUUCGAAGAUUGUAGAGUCUUUUGCUAAGGAUUUGGAACUUUGCCCUGCUGGUCUGGUGGAAAUGAUAGAGCAUUUACUGCCCAAUUAUUUGAAGAAAAGAAUUCAGGAGUGUCAGUACAGAAAAUUUGGCAAGAAAAUUGAGUGGAUUCCUCACAACUUCUCGUUUCGCUAUCUCCUUUCCAAGGAAUUAGCCUAGCUAUCUCAUUUCCAUCAGUAAGGGUGGGAUUCCGCGUGCUGGAGCUAAGAAGCAGUGCUAUUCUUCAACUUAUGUCUGCAAUAUAAUGUGGAAUGACAGAUUAUAUUCAUAACUAAAAUCUAUGGCACACAAGGUGGUGCCAAGUUGAUUUAGACACCAAAUUGAAGCGUCUAUCUAAGAAGAAUGAUGAUCAAAUGGGCUGAAGAUAAUGAGCUUUGAAUCCAUCAAACUGAAGGCCAGAUCAGAAAAAGUAUACUCUAAUAGCUUGAGCUUGUAUGAUCAGCAAUCUUCUUAGAGCAGCAUUCUUGUGAUUUGGCUGUCAUUCCACUUCUCUUAUCUACAUGAUGCAAAAGAAGCAAAAGUUAAUAGCAUGGUUGAUUCUACUUUGUGUAAUAUUUAUCCAUAUUGUGUACCAUUUUGAAAUAGGAAUGUCUGAGCAGAGGGUUUUUUUUUACAAGAAGUAUCUUAAUACUUUUUCAAAUGGCAAUUUCACCAUCUCUA